AUGUCGGUCAAUCCCAUGGCCUAUGAAGCGCAGUUCUUUGGCUUCACCCCUCAGACGUGCAUGCUGCGCAUCUACAUCGCGUUCCAGGAUUAUCUCUUCGAAAUGAUGAUGGUGGUGGAGAGCGUGAUCCUGAAGAAGCUGGAUGGGUUACCUGGCUCUAACAUCAGCCGCUCCCGGAUCCGGAAGAGCACAGAGAAAUUUCUGCUCUUCAUGAAGGAGCGCUUUGAUAAACUCUUCAGUAAAAUGGAAGAAGUGCUUCUGCAGCUGGUGUUAAGCAUCCCGAAGAACGUGCUCCUUCCUGAGGACAAGGUCCACGCGCAGUACCCCUACACCAAGGAGCAGUUCCAGGAGCUUCAGGAUGAGGUCAAUCAGCUGCAGGAGCAGUACAAGGCUGAGGCGGCUGCUGGGCAGGCACUGCGAGCAGAGCUGGAGGAACAGAAAGCUGUUCAGGCUGAGCUUGAGAAGAUUUUGCAGUGGUUUGAUGGGUUUGACAAUAUCUGUAGGGAGCACGGGACCGGCAACUUCAAAGAAAGCCUUGCAUUCCUGACAAAGAACUCUAAGAAACUGCAAGAUGUGCUGAAAGAUGUUGAAGAGAAAAGCAAAAAAAUAAAGUCCGAUCAGUUAUUGUAA